GGUACUUACAUCUGACAACACGAGUUUCUUUGAAAUGUGACACCCGAGUCGGACCCGAACGAUGAUGAUCAUGCCGGCAGGGACUCCACCGCUUAGUCAAAAAAGCAAACCCGCCUGUCACCGUUCUCUGAUGCGGUAUGGAACGCUCUGAAUGGCCUGCAGAUUGCAGGAAAUCCAGGAAACUAGAUAUAAAUAGUACUACUACUAGCAAGACUAGGGAAGAUACUUUAGCUUGCUUACCGCUUCAACCCCUACCUCUUUACUUUGUUCAUAGUUAUGAUACGUUUUUAGCACCUUGGUUACUCCGCUCAUCAUUCCAUCAACUCAUCAACGUCCAUUCUACAGAAAAUCCUGAUCGGAAAGGCGAUGGCGAUCUCAGACACAAAACAGGUCUAAGAUUUACCCUGGCAGAAUCCCGGACACUGCAAUUCAAAGUCCUGUUUUUCGCAUCGUACAAGUUCAGGUUCCACUGGCUGAUUGCUAUCGCUUUUAUGGAGAACAAGGGCAACCUUCCAGACUUCCGGUACUCUCAGGCGGCCCCUCACCAUCCGAAUUCUGAGACUUGCAUGGUUGGACAAAAAAACCAAGGUAGUAGAGUGCAUGAUCGACCGAAAAAAGAGGACUACUUUCAUGAAGUGAGGCGAUUCGUCCAAAUCAAGGCAUACUAGCCCCCGCGACCCAUUGCAAUGAUCAGGAUUUUCAUGGAUCCCGUUGAGAACCGUUGGCGGGCUAAGGAAAGAAUGGGACAGAGGGGAAAAAGGAAAGGAAUAAAAUAACCAGGUGCGAGCAGUCUCAGGAACGCAGAUGGGUUGGAAUCAUGGAUCAGACGAGGAACCGAACAGGUUUUCCCGUCCCUGUCGAUGACACUUUCUCGUACCGACAGACGGCGUUUCUGGAUGCAUCGAACGUGUCAUUGUGAAACCCCAUCUGCCCGAGUUUUCUGUCGGUGGGCCUGCUC